AUGACUAUGACCAUGAUUAGACUGGACAUCGCGAAUCAAUAUGGUCUGAGCGCGCGAUAUCAACGCACGAUUGACUUGACCUCUGAUGGAUUCCCGCAUAAUCUUAUUCAGCACUCGAUCAUGUUGAUUCACAUCAUUAGCCUGCGGAUUGCUGGUGCAGUUGGGUCGGAUGCUCUUGUUUCGGAUCGAAGAGAAGGGGAUGGGGGGUCAGAACGCAAGCUACGCGGGGACCCCGCGCUGCCUAGGCGUCUCGACAAGUUUACCGACGUCGACGCGGUAGUGCAGGGAGCGACUAGUUUGAUGAGGAAUAUUGGUCGGAUGGAAGAAAAUAUCCCGCCGCCGUUGGAUGUGCGUCGGAAUCAGAUCAUGGUGCUGGAAAAGAAGGUAGAGAUUGUCAUACUGUGA